AUGCUUCCUGCUGUCUUUUCUCGUUUCAUGUCAGUUUCAUCUGCUCGCCUAGAGGAUAGUGGAUUUGAAACUGCCACUGUAUCAGAUGUCUUGAAGUCUAAAGGGAAGAGUGCUGAUGGAUCUUGGCUGUGGUGCACCACAGAGGAUACUGUCUAUGAUGCUGUCAAAUCGAUGACGCAGCACAACGUGGGAGCUUUGGUGGUUGUCAAACCUGGAGAGGAUAAAUCAAUUGCUGGCAUUGUCACUGAGAGAGAUUACCUCCGGAAAAUCAUAGUGCAGGGAAGAUCUUCCAAGUCAACUAAGGUUGGCGACAUCAUGACUGAAGAGAACAAACUGAUCACAGUGAAUCCCAACACCAAAGUCGUGCAAGCAAUGCAGCUCAUGACAGACAACCGCAUCAGACACAUCCCGGUGAUUGACGGCACAGGGAUGCUGGGGAUGGUCUCCAUCGGUGACGUCGUGCGCGCAGUGGUGGCCGAGCACAGGGAGGAGCUGAACCGGCUCAAUGACUACAUCCAGGGAGGCUACUAG